AUGGGUGGCUUACCUCCUGGCGGGGACUCGGUAAGAGCAGGAAAAGAUUACAGACGACAAGCCAUCAUCGCUCAGAAGUGGCCUACACAAGUCGAAGCUGACCAUCAGAUCUCCUUCUCAGCAGCGGAUUAUCGCGGCAUCAGCAUGCCGCAUAAUGAUCCACUCCUCAUUGAUAUUGGAAUUGGUGAAUGCCUGGUCACAAAAGUUCUCAUCAACACCGGCAGCUCAGUCGAUCUUAUCUUUCGAGAUACGCUUGAAAAGAUGGGGAUCGACCUACGCGAUAUGAAGCCCUCUUCACGCACCCUCACGGGAUUCAACGGUUCCUCGGAACAGGUGAUCGGGAUAAUACGUCUCGCGGUUUACGCAGGGAACGUGACCCGGACCGUUAAGUUCUCUGUUAUCCGGGCUAAGGUGUCUUACAACGCUAUCCUCGGUACCCCUUGGUUACACUCCAUGAAGGCCAUUCCCUCUACUUAUCACCAGUGUGUAAAAUUUCCCGGGAAAGACGGAACAACACAGACGAUCCGUGGAGACCAACGAGCUGCGAGGGAGCUGCUUAUCGCUGCAGUCAAAUUACAAUAG